AUGCACGGACUGUGCACGCAAGGGCCAACGAUGCGGCUAUCGCGUCAAGUUCACAUCAGUCCCAAACCUUACAAAUCAAUUAUCGUGGCUGCUCCCUGUGCAAGAGCAUUUGGGUUGCGACGGAACCAAGGGCGUAAUGUUGCCGUGGCGGUCCAGGCCGUGAGAUCCGCAGCGGACGGCAACGAUGACGACGGCGACGAUGAUGACGAGGGUGCAACCGUUGCCGGCAAAGCACUGCGGGUCGAGCGGCUGCUAGCCAACCUGGGGUACGGCAAGCGGCGGGAGUGUCAGGUGUUGGUCAAGAAGGGGCGAGUGACCCGACGUGAUGGUGGGAAACUCAAGGUGGGCGACAAGGUGUGCUGGGGGGAUGUCGUACUUGACGAGGAGGACCUGGACCCGCCGUCCCCGCUGCUGCUGGCUCUACACAAACCCGGGGGCUAUGUGGUCACCUCGCCAGAUGACGAAAACAUCACUGACCCCGUCGUGUACGACCUGCUGCCCUACAGGUUCGCGCGGCGACGUCCUUUCCUCGCCCCGGUGGGUCGCCUGGAUAAGGACACCUCGGGACUGCUGCUGCUCACGGACGACGGCGCAUUGCUGCACCGAAUCAAUUCCCCCCGACGGGGGAUAUGGAAGGUGUACGAGGCGACCCUAGCUGAGCCCAUGUCAACCAACCAGGCGGCCGCAGCGGCUCGUCGAUUUGCUAGCGGCUCGUUGGUACUUGAGGGUGAUCACACUCCGUUGCUGCCUGCCAAGUUGGAUCUUAUCGGUGCUCGUACCGCUCGAGUGGCCAUCUGUGAGGGCAAGUACCACCAGGUUCGGCGAAUGUUUGCGGCUGUGGGUAGUCACGUGGUGGCGUUACACCGCGUCAGUGUGGGUGGACUGACCCUUGGGUCACUGCCGGAGGGCGAGUGGCGGUACCUUCAACCCCAGGAGCUGCAGCUGGUCUUCGAAGGACCCUCCGCAGAGGACGUGCUUGGAAGCACAGCUACGGCGAGUGCUGCUACAGGCUCUAUGGCCGGAGGGUACGAUGCCACUUGUGGGGUAUCGGAGCGCGACGGCGGUGCUACGGCCAGCUCUAGCACUAGCAGCGGCGGCGGCAGUGCGCUGUUUUCUGAUCAGCCUUUGUCGAUGCAGGGACAGGGACAGGGGCAGGGGCAGGGGGAGCGGCGGCUGACGAAGAAGGAGAAGAAGAAGGGCAAGAAGAAGGCUCGUGGCCUGGCUGGGGGAACAGCAGUUGGGGGACGAGCAGGCGCGGAGAGGGACUUUGGCGGGGAGGAGGACGCGAUGGGUGACGAGGAGGACGACGAAGAGGAGGAGGAUGUGGCCGAUUUCGAGCUCUUGCCUCCGCUUGAAGCUACGGCGAGAGAUGUCCACCUCCGGGAUGCGGUGGAGGAGAAGGGGCAGGAAUAUGACGACGAGGAGGCGGGGGACCUUGACCGGCGGUCGGCCCGGCGGCGGCCACCACGCCGCGGUCCGACGGUACGGCAAGGAACAGUACAUGACGCGCGGGAGGGCAGUCUGGACGAGCAGUUGGAUCCCGCCACGUACGGCAUUCCGUACGAUGAUGCGGCGGCCGAUGUGGUAAUGUCGGCAGGCGGCAGCAGUGGCGGUGGCGCCAUUGUGCGCAAGUACCGCGAGGGGGCGCGAUGGCGGCGACGGCGGGACGCAUUGCGUCAGAUGCUCCCAUCGUAG